AUGAAAAUCAAGGAAAUCAUAGGAACCUCGACGUUCGCAUGGAGCUCCGACGUGAUUCCGCUCUUGGCAGUGGGAUCCGCGGCUGGUGCUAUUGAUUUGAACUUCUCGGCACUUUCGCUGCUCGAGUUGUGGGACCCAUUCGGUCCAAACUCCAACUCUGCCAUUUUUUCGGCCAAUCUCGACGACAAGUUCUGUGCAUUGGCAUGGCUGAGGCCCUUCGGCAACUACAGACGCGGUGUGUUGGUCGGCGCAAUAGAAACAGGCGAACUCAAGUUCUGGGACGCCGACGUUUUGGUGUCCACCAAAUCUUUGUCUAAGGCUACGAUCCACACAUCCACCAAGCACAGCGGUGCCGUUAAGUGCUUGCUGUUCAACCCACACCUGCCCCAUGUGUUGGCCACUGGUGGAAAAAACGGUGAAAUAUAUAUAUGGGACAUUAGAACAUUUGCUGACCCAUUCGCUCCGGGCAGAGCCAUGACUCCAAUGGACGAGAUUCUGUGUGUCUCCUGGAACAAUGCAGUCAGCCAUAUCUUGGCCACAACGAGCAAUGGUGGCUACACCAGUAUCUGGGACUUGAAGUCCAAACGUGAAGUGUUGCACUUGUCAUACAAUGGAGAUCUUGGUAGAGCAGACUUUUCAUGCGUUUCGUGGCACCCUCUGCAACUGACCAAAUUAGCUACUGCCAGUCAGAGCGAUGGCUGUCCAUUGAUUAUGACCUGGGAUUUGAGAAAUGCCAGCGAGCCCGAGAAGAUCUUACAGGGUCACCAGAAGGGUAUUUUGUCCAUUGACUGGUGUUUACAGGAUCCCGAGUUUUUAAUUUCCAGUGGAAAGGACAAUUCCACAAUCUUGUGGAACCCAAUCUCUGGUAUCAAGUUGGGCGAGUACCCUGUUGCUGCCAAUUGGACCUUCCUCACCAAAUUUGCGCCUAAAGCUCCAGAUGUGAUCGCUACCGCAUCUUUUGACGGUAAAAUCGUCAUCCAGACUUUGCAGGAUACCUCUCCGCCGCUCUCAGAGCAAGUGAAGGCUAGCGAUGAGAAGGAUUUCUGGUCAAAUAUUGCAACCACCGAGAAUCACCGUGCUGAGUUUGACGUCCAACAAGCCCCACUGUGGUUGAAGAACCCAAGCGGUGUCAGCUUUGGUUUCGGAUCCAAAAUCGUAGUGUUCAAAUCCGAAAAUGGCAAGAGUUCUGUAUCUAUCUCUAAAGUUGCAACCGAUAACCUUUCAAAUGCUUUUGCUGACGAGUUGUGUUCUGCAGCACAGUCCAACAACUACACCGAGAUCAUCAACGCCAAAAUAAAGGAGGAGGGCGAAAAUUCCGACUGGGAGCUUUUGCAUAAAUUGGCUGAGCACGGCAAAAGCCAUCUCUUCCAAAACAUUGUCGAGGGCUCUGAAGUUCAAACUAGCGAAGACUCUAACGGCACCGAACAGAAAGACGAUACCUUAGAAGAUAACGAAGAUGCUACUGAUGGAGCAUUCUUCCAAAACCUUGCCCACGACUUUAAGAACCAGAAGAAUCUGAGUCGCGAUGCUGUGUACGUCCCAUCUGGCGAGUUCAAAAUCUUGGACACUAACCAGAGUGCCACAGAAGCCGCUUUGACAAGAAGCAUCUUGAGCAACAAGAUUGAAGAUGCAGUUACCGUCUGUUUGGAGGAAGGUAAGUUGAUGGAAGCCUUGGUUUUAUCUUUGGACCUGAGCGCAAGUGUUAAGGAGAAGGUCAAGAACCACUAUUUCAAGAAUCAUAAUGACGUAUUAUCUCGUUUGAUUUACUCAGCCUCCUCUGGAGAUGUGUUGGAUAUUGUUUCUAAUGCAGAUAUUGCUAACUGGAAGGAGAUUGCCUCGAGCAUCUCUGCCUAUUCCAAGGACGAGCUUGACUUCAACUCGAAGAUUGAGGAGUUGGGUGACCGCAUCUUGGCUUCCGACUCUGGAGAUAAGGAGAGCCGUGACAAUGCUUUAUUGUGUUACUUGGCAGGUGGUGCUUUGGACAAGGUCUGUGCAAUUUGGCUCAAGGAAAUGGCCCACUUGGAAAAGUCAUUGUUGCAUGGUCAAGAUGCUGUAGCAAGUCCUUUCGACGCCAGAUGGUCUGCUUUGGGCAAUUUUGUCGAGAAACUUGCUGCUUACAGAUCUAUUUCUCACAUUAACGAGCCACUUUCUGGUCCAUCUAUUGAACCAGUUUGCAAGGCGGUCUUUGAGUUCUCCAGCAUGACUGCCACUGGUGGACAUUUCGAAUUGGCUAACCAUUUUUUGAACAUCUUGCCUGAGGAUUUCGCUGGCUUGAAGGCCGAGAAGUUGCGUAUCGCAACUGCCUUGGGAUUAAACACCAAUAAGGAACCAGCGAAGGCCAAUAACUACGGUAGGAAGAAGAGCAUCUAUGCUGCUAAUGGCUUGAACACUAACAGGUACCAGAACCCUCGGGCCUCAAUAAGUCAUGCUGUUCCUGCUUUGCGUAAUCCGCUGAUCCAUGCCUUGCCUCUGGAUAUUCCAAGAGCCUCAGUGAGUCAUCCUGUUUCUGGUUUGCGUAAUGCACUGAUCCAUGCCUUAUCUCCAGAAAUUCCAAGAAUGACUCCAGCCGCACCAACAAAGAGACCAUCUUACAGUGCUGCAGUGCCCACCAACCCAUACAUGCCUUCUGGCGCAGCAGCAAGUGGAGCAGGCGUUGCACCAGCUAAUCCUUACUCAAUGGGAGCUUCCGUUUCAGAUCCAAUCUCAAACCCGAACAUAGCUCUUGGUAACCCUCAACAGCCAGCUAUGCCCGUGGGUCCGACCGGAUCAGUUCGCCCUCCUUCAACUCCAACAAUUGCUGCUCCAUUCACUCCUCUGGCCCCACAGUAUUCUGUUCCAGCACGUCCUGCUUCGGCUAUGGCUGUCUCCAACGCUCCACCACCAAAGCCAUCUUAUAAGGUGGAAACUGAUGGGUGGAACGACUUGCCAGACACCUUCAAAACACUGAAGCCAGCUAGACGUGCUGCUGCAGCGACCCCAGGAGUUGCUCUGAGUUCCCCAGUUGUGGCAUCCACACCAACUCACGCACCUGCCAAGAAGCCAGUUGUUUCGUCUCCUGUGAUCCCUCCCCCUCCAAAGAAUGUGUCUAGAUUACCCUCGAAGACGAGUGUCACAAUGGCACCUCUGCAAUCUCGUAACACUCUGGCCAGCAACAAGUAUGCCCCACCCCCAGGUUCUUCACCUGUGCAGCCACCCAACGGUGGCUCAUCUUUGCACAAUCACUCGAACCUGAGUGGAAACAUCGCUUCUGCACCACCAAAGAAUCCUUACGCUCCAAGUGCGGCACCUGCCGGUCCUUCAAAGGUGACAUAUGCUCCUCCACCAAGCAACACGUUUGCCCCUGCGAAAAGUGCAAAUAUAUCGCCAACUGGAGGUCACCUACCAAACCCUUAUGCUCCAUCUGCACCUGUGAACCCUCCAGUGAGACCUUCGUCUCGUCAACUGGGAUCACCUAUCGCCAGACCACCAUCUAGGCAAUUUGUGCAACCUUCUCCACCGAAGCCACCAACUAGUAGCUCCAGACAUGCACAACCAUCUGGUCAGAUUGCGCCUCCUCCUAUGAGAGCUGCUUCCUCGCAAGUGCCUUCACCACAUUUGCCAGGUCCCCCAGUUAGUGCUCCACCCGUGAGUGCUCCACCCGUGAGUGCACCACCUGUAAGCGCACCACCUGCGAGGGCCCCACCUUCAAGUGCCCCUCCUGUAAGUGCACCACCUGUGAGUGCUCCGCCUGUGAGUGUCCCUCCAGUCAGCGCUCCUCCAGCUAAUACUCCACCUGUGAGUGCUCCACCAACCUCUAGAACAGUCUCUGGCGCCCCACCAAAAUUGUCCGCGCCACCUACUCAUGGUGGGCCCAGGUCUCAAAUGACGCCCCCUCCUCCACGUUCUGCCCGCACGGGAAGAACAGCUUCCAUUUCGUCUGUGACGCUGACAUUGACUACAACCUAUCCAGUUGGUGGUGGAGACAGAUCACAGAUUCCCGAAGGCUCCAAACCUAUCUUCACGACAUUUACAAAGUACUUGGAGGAGAUCAAGCCAGCAGCCCCACCAAAAUACACCAAACAUGUUGCAGACAUGGAGAAGAGACUCAACAUCUUGUUCGACCAUUUGAACAAGCAGGAUCUUUUGACAGAAGGUGCUGUGGAGUUGUUGAGGGAUGUUGCAUCCAAGUUGGAGAACAAGAACUACACUGGUGCAGCAAGUUCCAACGACGCAAUUCUUGCUCAACAUGCCAACGAGGUAGGUGCAUGGCACACUGGAGUCAAGCGCUUAAUCACCAUGGCCGAGGCGUUCGACUCGUAA